CAUGAUGUCAGCAAGCCCUACAUAAAGGGCUGCAGAGCAGGCGCAGGUGGCAGAGCCUUCGCUGGAGCCACCUCAGGACCCCAGGCAUGAAGCUCAUCUUCUCCGCCCUGCUGUCCCUCCUGGCCCUUGGACUGUGUCUGGCCGCCCCUAGGAAGAGCGUUCGAUGGUGCACCAUCUCACCAGCCGAGACAACAAAAUGCUUCGCGUUCCAGCGGAAUAUGAGAAGAGUGGGUGGGCCCUCCAUCUCCUGCGUAAGGAAAACCUCCUACACGGACUGUAUCCAGGCCAUCGCGGCAAACAAGGCGGAUGCUGUGACCCUGGACGGCGGGCUGGUGUAUGAGGCCGGCCUGGAACCCUACAAGCUGCGGCCUGUGGCAGCCGAGGUCUACGGGACGGAAGAGAAGCCCCAGACCCACUAUUACGCUGUGGCCGUAGCGAAGAAGGGCAGCAACUUCCAGCUGAACCAGAUGGGAGGCGUGAAGUCCUGCCACACGGGCCUGAACAGGUCUGCCGGCUGGAACAUCCCCAUGGGCGUGCUUCGUCCGUUCCUGAACUGGGAAGGCCCCCCCACGCCCCUUCAGGAAGCCGCGGCCAACUUCUUCUCGGCCAGCUGUGUGCCCUGUGCGGACGGGAGACAGUACCCCAACCUGUGUCGCCUGUGCGCGGGGACAGGGCAGAACAAAUGUGCCUGCUCCUCCCAGGAGCCCUACUUUGGCUACUCCGGUGCCUUCAAGUGUCUGAAAGAUGGGACUGGAGAUGUGGCUUUUGUCAAGGACAGUACACUGUUUGAGAACCUGCCAGACAAGGCUGAGAGAGACCAGUAUGAGCUGCUCUGCCUAGACAAUACUCGGAAGUCAGUGGAUGACUUCAAGGAGUGCCACCUGGCCCAGGUUCCUUCUCAUGCUGUUGUGGCCCGAAGUGAGGAUGGCAAGGAGGACUUGAUCUGGAGGCUUCUCAACAAGGCACAGGAGAAGUUUGGAAAAGGCAAAUCGUCGGCAUUCCAGCUCUUCAGCUCCCCUCGUGGGCAGAAGGACCUGCUGUUCAAAGAUAAUGCGCUUGGGUUUUUGAGGAUCCCCCCGAAGAUAGACGCUGGGCUGUACCUCGGUUCCAACUAUAUCACUGCCCUCAAGGGCCUGAAGGAAACGUCCGCGGAGGUGGAGGCGCGGCGCGCACGGGUCGUGUGGUGUGCGGUGGGCCCCGAGGAGCAGCGCAAGUGCCAGCAGUGGAGCAGCCAGAGCAAUGGGACAGUGGCCUGUGCCACCACCGCCACCACCGAGGACUGCAUCGCCCUGGUCCUGAAAGGAGAAGCUGAUGCCCUGAGCUUGGACGGAGGAUUCAUCUACAUCGCGGGCAAAUGCGGUUUGGUGCCUGUGCUGGCAGAGAGCCAAAAAUCCGAAGAGAGCGGUAACUCGGAUUGUGUGAAUAGACCAGUGGAAGGGUAUCGAGCCGUGGCGGUUGUCAAGAAAUCAAAUGCUGGCUUCACCUGGAAUUCUCUGAGAGGCAAGAAGUCCUGCCACACCGCCGUGGGCAGGACUGCAGGCUGGAACAUCCCCAUGGGUCUGCUCUUCAACCAGACAGGCUCCUGCAAAUUUGAUGAAUUCUUCAGUCAGAGCUGUGCCCCCGGGUCCGACCCGAACUCCAACCUCUGCGCGCUGUGUAUUGGCAACGAAGCGGGCCAGAACAAGUGUGCCCCCAAUAGCAAUGAGAGAUACUACAGCUACACUGGGGCUUUCCGGUGCCUGGCGGAGAAUGCAGGAGACGUUGCAUUUGUGAAAGAUGCCACUGUCCUGGAGAACACGAACGGAAAGGGCACUGAGGAUUGGGCUAAGGAUUUGAGGCUGGAGGACUUCGAGCUCUUGUGCCUCAAUGGCUCCCGGAAGCCUGUGACUGAGGCUAAGAACUGCUACCUGGCCAAGGCCCCAAAUCAUGCUGUGGUAUCUCGGAGAGAUAAGGUGGAGCACCUGGAGCAGGUGCUGCUCGACCAGCAGGUGCACUUUAAAGAUAGGGGCCUUGAAAUGGUACCCAUAGGCAUAAUAAGAGGCAUUAUGGAGCCCUCAUGGUGGCGUCCGCACUGGUGCUGGCUAGGUUUGGAAGAAAGGGACGUGAUUGCCCAGGCACGUUUUGCUUGUUCCAGUCGGAAACCAAAAACCUUCUUUUCAAUGACAACACCGAGUGUCUGGCCAACCUCCAAGGCAAAACGACAUAUGAGGAAUAUUUGGGAGCGGAGUACGUCACGGCCGUUGGGAAUCUGAGACAAUGCUCCACCUCCCCACUUCUGGAAGCCUGUGCCUUCCUGAGGAGGUAAAACCCAAGAAGAUGGCCCAAUCCCACAGGGAGCCUCGGCCCUCCCGUCGCUGGCACCCCGCCCCCACCCCCACUCCCAGGCCCCCGGAGCCUCUUCUCCCUUCCCCCGGGCAGUGUGCUACUCACACCUGUUUCCACAAUUCCCUGCUGUCAUCCUCGCAAGAAAUAAAACCAGAAAUGCUGUUGAUUUCCAUUCCGUA